AUGUCUCUUCAAUUUCUUAAACUCGACAACGCAAUCUCCCUACUAUCAUCUUCUCCUUCGUCAGAUAAUUCAAGCAGCAGCCAGAGGUACUCGUUUUUCACUUUCGGGUUUUCGGGUUUGGGAAAUCUCACUGUGUCUCCGAUGGUUUCAUCAUCCUCUAAAAGUGCUCAGAACGAUGGAGAUGGCAAAGAGCGUGAGUGUGAAGAUGAAGUAUGUCAAACUUCUGAGUUCUGUGGGAAAAGGAAGCAAACAGAUACACCUUGUGGAGAAAGUUCUCAGCCAAAUAAGAUGAAAAAGAUUGUUGUGCCAAGGUCUGGUGUAUGGAAGCACUACACCAGAACAAAGGAGAGCCGUGACAAGUGCCUUUGUCACUACUGCCAGAAGGUCUUCUCAUGUGCAACAAAAUCAGGAACCUCCAACCUUCAGAAGCAUCUGCAAAUCUGCAGAGAGUACCAGUCCUACUUGAUCAGUAAUGGAAAAGAUCAAACUGUCAUCAAUGACGAAGGCAGUGUGAAGACAUCAAAUGUGCCUGAGCCGCUUUUCAGAGAAGCCACAAAUGAGCUACUCGUGUUAGCUGAAUUACCUCUUUCUUUCAUAGAAAGUACAUGCUGGAAACACUUCGGCAAUAAGGUUAAUUUUUACAAACCCCACUCAAGAAGAACCGCUACUAGGGACAUUGUGGAGAUGUUUGUGAAGAAGAAAGAGGCCCUGAAAAGAUGGUUGUACACCAAUCAUCAGAGAGUUUCUCUUACCACUGAUAUUUGGUGUCUAGCUGAUUGGGGAAUUCAGAAAUUGUUUUCUAUCACAGUAGACAAUGCCACUGCUAAUACCUCAGCUAUUAAGAAAUUUCAUAGGGAGUUCAAUUUAGUCUCGCCUGAUGCUUUCGUAUUAGAUGGAAACUUUCUUCAUAUGAGGUGUUGUGCACACAUUAUCAACUUGAUAGCUAAGGAGGGUCUAUGGGAUUUAGGCGAAAAUGUGAUGGCUAUCCGUAAUGCAGUCCAAUAUGUCCGGUCUUCUACCAAUAGGCUAAAUGCAUUUGAUCAAAGGGUUACUACUGGGAAGAUGACCCGAGGAAGUCUGCCUAUGGAUGUUAAGACUAGGUGGAACUCAACUUUUCUCAUGUUGUCUAGAGCAUUACAGUUUAGAGUAGCUUUUGAUAAAAUGGAAGCUGAGGAUAGACUGUACAAUGACUACUUCUUAGAAGUAGAAAAUGGGGCUAAGAGGUGUGGACCGCCUGCUAUUAGUGAUUGGAACGCUGUGGAAAAGCUAAAGCGGUUCCUAAUCAUAUUUUAUAAUAGUACCUUGGUCGUCUCUGCUUCCUCGAAAGUGAAUUCCUAUAAAUGCUAUGGUGAGAUUGUCACCAUUGAGAGGAAUCUCACCACAUUGGCCAACAACUUGGACCCUGACUUGAAGUUGAAGGCUGAAGAUAUGCUGUGCAAGUUUUUGAAGUAUUGGGAUGACAUCAAAAACGUGAAUAGGAUGUUAAUUAUUGCGACAAUAAUUGAUCCGAGGAAGAAGAUGACGUAUGCAAACUUUUGCUUUGAGCAACUUUAUGGAGAGGAUAGUUUGGAGUCCAAAGAAAUGGGUGAAUCUGUGCUUGAUCUCCUUAGAAGCAUGUUUUAA